AAUAUUUGUCGGCGCAGGGCUCUGGAGUGUAUUUACAUGGAAUUGAAUUAUUUUCAAUAGUGUUUUUAUCGAAUACAAAUUUUUAAUUUACGUUUAAUCAACAAGAAAAUCGCACAAAUUUAUCUUAUCUCUGUAACUUUAGGCAAUAACGAAGAAAAAGAAAUCUUAAAUAAUGUGUUAAGACCAUAAAUUAUAUAGUUUAUUGAAAAGAAAAAAAAAAACGAGCAAACAACAAGUGGAAUUAGUAGAAAAAAAAAAACAGCCGUCUAUUAUUAAUUUAUUUAAAAAUAAAAUAAAAAAUAAAAAUAAAAAUGUCCAAUGUACAAGAUGUGGAAAAUGGUAUUUAUCCACAAUUACAACAAAGACCACAAACCAGACGUCAGGAUACUGUGGAUAUGGAAGAAAUUCCUUUAAAUAAUUUACAACAGGAAUCUGAAGAAAAACGUAAAAUUCGUCAUGUUUUUGAAAGACAUGAUGCCGAUAGUGAUGGUUUAAUUAGUAUACAUGAAUUAAAAGGUCUUAUAGAGGCUGGCCUCUGUCGUGAUAUACCCGCAAAUGUGGCACAACAAAUUCUUAAAUUAUCCGAUACCGAUAAUAAUGGUCAUUUGGAUUUCGAGGAAUUUUAUCGUAUGUCUCAGAAACAUCAGUGGAUGAUACGAAAUGUUUUAACAAGAUAUUGUCGUUUGGUGGUACCGCCGCCUAAACCUUUGGAGGGAGAUCAGUUGGAUGGUGCCUAUGAAAAGCAAAUGUCAGUAUGUCCACCUCCUUUAACUAUGGUCAUAUUUUCUGUUGUUGAAAUUAUAAUGUUUCUCAUAGAUGUUAUACAUUUUCAAGAUGAUCCCGAUAAUAACCGCCGUAUUGGCGAGAGUACAAAUGGCCCUGCUGCUACACUUUUUAUCUAUAAUCCCUAUAAACGUUAUGAGUCUUGGCGUUUUGUUACCUACAUGUUUGUUCAUGUUGGCAUUAUGCAUUUAUUUAUGAAUCUUAUUAUACAAAUAUUUUUGGGUGUUGCUUUGGAAUUGGUACAUCAUUGGUGGCGUGUGGCUUUAGUUUAUUUGGCCGGUGUUUUGGCUGGCUCUAUGGGUACAUCGUUAACAAGUCCUCGUAUAUUUUUAGCUGGUGCUUCGGGUGGUGUUUAUGCUUUAAUUACCGCUCAUAUUGCUACAAUUAUUAUGAACUGGAAUGAAAUGGAAUAUGCCAUCGUACAAUUACUUGUCUUUCUCAUAUUCUGUUUCACCGAUUUGGGUACAUCGAUAUAUCGUCAUAUUACCGAUCAACAUGAUCAAAUCGGUUAUAUGGCACAUUUAUCGGGAGCUGUUGCUGGUCUUCUAGUGGGUAUAGGCGUAUUAAGGAAUCUAGAAGUACGCCGUUGGGAACGUAUACUAUGGUGGAUUGCUGUUAUUUUCUAUUUUGCUCUUAUGAUGACUGGCAUAUUGAUACAUGUUUUUUUACCCGAUUAUUUUCCCCGACAAGAGUACAAUUGAUUGAAUGAAAUGUUUAACUAAAGAAAAAGAGGAAUCAAUAAGAAUAAAAGUAAUUUUUAAAGCAUUUUAUUUUUAAGUAAAAUAUAACUAACAUGAUGAUAUGUUUAUAUAAGUAAUUUAUUUUUAUAGCUAAAAUAUUAAGCCAAAGUGCCUUUUGGAUUGAUAAUAAUGACAAUUUGCUAACUUUAUUUUUAAUUUGUUUUUUUUUCUGAAUAUGUAUUAUUUAAAUUUAUUAACUUAAUAUAAAGUUUUAAGUUACGUCUUAAACAGAAUAUUUAUUUUUAAAAAAGACAUUAAAUAUUUAAGUAUUUUUUUCUUCAAUUAUGUUUUUUAUAUAAAAUAACUGGCACGUACAUGCAUAGGCCAACAUUAACUUUAAAAGAUUUUUAUUGCGAAUUUCUUUUUGUCUUCAUUACGGUCUUAUAAAAGGAAGUUUUUUAAUUAAAUCCAUUUAUUUAGAUUUUAUUAUUAUAACUUUUUUAAAACAUAUUUAAAUUUUAUGUUUACAAGAAAAUUAAUUUUAUUAUUAUUGGCAAAUUAUUCUUAAUAGAAAGAAAUUUAAGUAAUUGUUUUAAUAUAAGUAGAAAAUAUUUAAAAUGUUCACAAUUUUGUUUGCGCUUUCAAUGCAGAUUUGGUAACUUUUCCAAAAGAAGUUUUUAUUUUAACAAGAAAUUGUUAUCUUUACUUUGAAGACAAUUUCUAAACACUUCAUAUUAGGUAUAAGAAAAUGUGUUUUAGUUUAAACAACUAAAACACAUUUAACACACACUAACUAAAUUAUGUAUGUACGUUCUCCACAUUAAUAAUUUAUUAACAAUAUCAAUAAUGAAGUCCUAGCAUAUUUAUUAUAUGUAUAAUAUUUGUGUUUUUAUGUUGAUUUUAUAGCUUAAGAUUUUAUUUGUCAUCGAACACAUUUAAAUGUUUAUAAAGUGUGCAUUUAUUUUAUUAUGUAUGCAUCUAUGGAUUUAUAUUUUUUAUGUAUCUAUAUUGAAAAUAAAAUAUAUUUUACAUAUCUUCUUUCU